UUUAAGUGGCGAUGUUUAGUUAUUAAAAUAUCUACAACUCUAUGAUUCGCAUUUACGAUUUCAUCUCGCUGUGCUGAUGAAGCAUGGUAACUUGAACGGAUGUAUACACGCACCAGUUUCUAUUUGUUGUUCGACUGACUGAUUGACGUCUAGUGUUUAAACUGGAUUUACGUAACAAACGUAAACUAUUGGGUAGUGUCUUUUACUACCAUACAGGAAAUAGCUCACACAUUCUCAUAGAUCCGGCGGCCUGCUUGAAUAUCUGGGCUACCUGUUUCUGCCACCUAAUUAUUUCAACAAGUUAUGUUUUUUUCAUUUGUUUUAACUUAUCAUUAUGUUCAUUAAUUGCAUAACCUAUUCAGGCGCUUUUAUGAAAAGCCUACGACCUUUCGCUGCACAAGUUACAGAAAGUACUGUAAAAGACAUCGUGGUGGUUGACAACAUGAGUUAAAGAGAAUGAACAUUAAUCGUAUGUCGAUUCCAGAGCUGCUAAAUUCUAACUGCCGAUCACUAAUCAACAAAGUGGACUAUCUGCAAUCCCUGCUAAGUCAAAAUAUGUAUCGUAAUUGUGGUGUCAUCACAAUUCAAGAAUCUUGGUUAAAUGAUUUACAGGACGACUGCCUGGUAUCACUACGUGACUUCAAAAUUUAACUUCAGGAUCGAUCAAACAAUAAAAAGAGAAAGUGAACGAAUUUUCGGUCUUAUAUGACGAUGUUUGUCAACGUGUUUCACGAUCCCUUACGGAAGCACUGAAACCGUUUGACGGUAUCGAUACAGUUGCUACUCAUGGUGGAUAUAAUCCAGUGUAUUUAGAGGAAGUGGGGCGUCCUGUUGUCCCGCCUAUAACUUUGUCGUCUACUUUCCAACAGCUUUCUCCUGGUGUUGCAAAAUAUGACUAUUCUAGGUCUGGGAAUUUCUCUCGGGAGUGUUUGGAAAAGUGCAUAGCAUCUCUGGAAGACGGCCAUGACUGCUGUGUCUUUAGUUCUGGUCUUGCAGCCUUAGGAACUCUCAUUCAGGUCUUAUCAAGUGAUGACCACAUCGUUGCGUUCGAUGAUCUAUACGGAGGAAAUGGGCGAUAUCUGCGUCGACUUGCUUCGAAAUCUGGAAUAACAACUACUUUCGUUGACAUGCGUGACUUGAAUUUGUUUCGACAGGCGUUACAGCAAAACACUCGCUUAGUCCUUAUAGAAUCUCCAUCAAAUCCUUUAAUGCGUCUGGUCGAUAUAAGUGCUGUUGCGUCUAUCGCUCAUGAGUUUAACAAAGAUAUUAUUGUUGUUGUUGACAAUACUUUCAUGAGUUCUUAUUUUCAACGUCCACUUGAUCAUGGAGCAAAUGUUGUCUUACACUCUCUCACAAAGUAUAUGAAUGGUCAUUCUGAUGUAGUUAUGGGCGCACUGGUUACACGUAAUCAGUCAGAACUACACAAGCAGCUAAGAUUCAUACAGUAUGCUGCAGGAGCUGUUCCGUCUCCAUUUGACUGCAUGUUAUGUCUUAGAGGAUUACGCACAUUACCAAUACGAAUGAAAGCGCACAUGAGAAAUGGACUUAUAGUGGCUAUGAUGCUUGAGAAACAUCCGCUAGUUGAAAGGGUUCUACAUCCAGGCUUAGAGUCAUUUCCUCAAAGGGAUAUUAUCGCAAAGCAGAUGCGUGGUUUUAGUGGUAUGAUAACUGUUUAUCUACGAUGUACUGGGGAACAAACAAAAACGUUUAUUACAAAUCUGAAGCUGUUUACGUUAGCCGAAAGUUUAGGGGGUUAUGAGAGCCUUAUUGAAAUUCCGUCCAUUAUGACACACGCAUCAGUCCCAGAGGAGGUUCGUGAGGUCAACGGGGUCACUGGGAAUAUGCUUCGCUUGUCAGUGGGACUAGAAGAUCCGAAAGACCUAUCACUCGACUUAUAUGAAGCUUUUGACAAAUUGAACCAGAAUCCCAAACCAAUAUAAACUUGUCCUCUUCAAUUAUUGAUUGACGUUUCUUCGAAUAAAUUCACAUAAUGAAUACUUUACAAAUUUUUAUGACUAUUUACUUAAUACGUACACAAAUAUCGGGCUAAGACUGACUGGCAUCAAUGCUACUGGUGAAGAAUCUAGUUUUAGCAAUCGCAUGCUCACGCACGAAAAGUCAAAACAUCUCUGGAUAAUAUACGUGUUAGAUAAGUACUGCAUUCUAAUGGACCGAAUUUUAUCUGUAAUCAUGCUGCGCAGCUCUUGGUUAGCGAGCAUUCACAUAAUAAGCAGCCUUCUUAUUGAGUUAUGUCAGUGACCAGCUUCAUUGUUAAUUAGGCCACACUUAACUUAUAUCUCAUUUUCCCGCUAGUGUCAGUUUGAUCUUUCGUAAACGCGAACACGAGUGAUUGGCCAGAGGUGUUCAAACAAUUCAAAAGAAAACCUAAGCAGAAUGGACACUGAGGUGUGCCAUCGCUUGAACUACAAACAUGGUGUCGCAAUAGACCAAUGGAUAUGAGAUCUGUGGUUUUUGUACUACUACCCGCGUCAUAAAACAAUAACCGCCCAACGUUUUCAACCAUUGCUAAUAUCAGGGAACAACGGACGAUAUGUAAGUCACCGAGAUGACAUUCGUAGCACACCAAGCCACCGAGGCUAAUGUAUCAAAGUGGUGAUACCAAUUGGGUUGUCGUCACUGUGCCAAAACACAUUGUCGAACCUCGGCAUUUCUUACGUGGUGUUAUCACUGAAUUUCAAAACUUUCGUAGACAACGGUGACUGAACAUGGAGAGCUACUCAGCGUCCUUCACUCCUAACACGUUGUACACUCGACCUUAUACAGCCAGACUAAUGUCAAGAUAGCAUCAAAGAUUAUCACGAUUGUGAUAACACACCGGUUCUGCCAAUACGUAGGUCGUUUACACUACCCUUCUCACCAUUGGAACUCACACGACUACCCAGACAAAUGAACCUUCCGACCACUUCUGGAGGUUUACAACCAAGAGAGGGUGCAAACAGACUUGUAAGACCAAUUUACAUGCCGUACCCACUGCUAUUCAUUGACAACUGGUCUCAAAGCUUAUCAUUUGACCGUGAGACAAUAUGAUAGGUGUACUCAAGAUCAAAGUCUGCCUCCAGAUGGAUGAACUACACUACCCACCCCACCAAAGCUACCUCCAGUGAUGGGAAAGUUGAAAACAAACGAUGGAAUGGCGCGACACCACGGCUUGGAUGAGAUAAUGGAGACUGGCGGUCACACAUCCUAAUUCUUCCUGAAAUACACCUCUAUAAGGCUCUCGGGACGUUAGUAGACUCCCCAGACACACCAACCUAAUAGACGGCCCGAUAGUAAAGUCCUAUCCCGUAAAUCGACGACGGAUCCAGUGUCAAGCAAUACGACGGUUGACCGCUCGCCACGAAUGACUGUACCCGAGCAAUCACUGAAACGUGGUUAUGCGAUAAAUAUGUUCACAACCAAGACGGGCAGUAGGCUCCACACCAGUCAGUCUUACGGGUUUUCGGCAACAAACGAAGCAUGAUGGAAGCCAACUGCUUGAAUGUAAUCAGGACGUCUUAUCGCUCAAUAGAUGCAGCAGGGAAAACGUAAACGUUCUGAAGACAAGAACGACAAUAAAUCAGCAUAAGUGGUUUUCCUACAUAAGACAAGAACGUUGUACGCCAUCACUAGUUAGACCUUUGACGGCAGUCAGGACGGGCUACAAAGUUAUAAACUGUGGAAAUGCCUCUCGGUCGCAUUGUCGAGUGUAAAGUUCGCCACACACCCCUAUGAGCUAGUAGCAGGGACUAAAGACGCCAAGAUUCUGUGCCACAUUCUCUCUGGCGCUGAUGUAGGGAUAGACAGUACUCAUGAUGCAACCAACCGGUAUAACAAGGAAUUUUGCACACAUCCUUCGGACUUCCCAGAUAGAGCUCAACGUGGCACGGGGCGCUACACGGAACUACAACUAGACACCAGUCGAAACAACAUUCCUCCAGCUGAUAUUGAGUGCUCUACACCCGGCUUGAACAACGCUCGAGACCGGACACAUGGGCUGGAAAUAAGGAGAAUGCUUGAAGUGAGUACAAAUAGACGGCCUGCUCUAGUACGUGCAUUCCUCCACCAAAGUACCAGAACUGGUCACCCACCCUCGUCCUACUGUAAGCUGCAUACGAGGCCCCUAGGUCAUUGACACUGAUCGUGCCUGAUCGACAAGCCUUGGCAGUUACCACGGGGAAAUCACUGUUGUGUAACGAAUGACCCUACCCCACCCACAGGCUAGCUGACGCAAUAUUCAUGACGCUUACUGUGACACCAUACCCAACUACGCAAAAAAUGAAGCCUGGUUGGGUCGAAAUAUUUGCACUUCAAGGCCUUCUGAUUGAGUGACAACUACAGAUAAGACAGAAGUAGAAACAGAUAUUUCAAGAAAACCUUUUAUUUGACUGCAAAUCUGACAAAUUUUAGUUGUUGCAAGUACAACCUCGAAAAACGGAUAAAUUGACCAUGCUAUUGGCAAAAUAUAGAGCUAUCGCGUAGUUUACCAGGUCAGCUACCCGCCGACCAACAAGAUACGCAUUACUUUAGCAUUCAAGCGACCGCUGGUAGUUCAACAAGCGGAGAUACAGAAUGCACUCAACCAACUAUUCGAACUUACCAGUUGACGAGACACCUGAAAAGGAAAAGAAAUAGCGUUUUAGAAAUGGUAGAAAAACAAUCAGUCCUGUUGAGCAAGAUAAUCACUUAUCAAUCAUAAACAUUUCAUCACCUGAAUUUAGCAACUCACCACUUGAAUAAGGAGACUUGUGGUUACGACAUAUUCCGUACGAUCUGAAAUGCAAAAACACUCAUAUUUGCAUCUUGUUACUAGUGCACAAUCAGGCCUAUCAUUGAAAUAUCAUAUUCAUUAAGGGCUCAAACUUUCAUCACAUUACACAACUAGCGCUUACCAAAUUCAAGGAAUUCACGACUGGCAUUCAAAAACUGAAAGGCAUCUCCACGAAUAUAGGGCGGUCUAAAAUAGAAAUAACGACAAUAUUAGCUGAAUACCCUUGUGAUAUCAGAUACUAUCUAGUGGCAUUCACUGUUUCAUCCACAUGUUAACAUCAUAACACUCCACACUAAAGCUUACCGCAAACUACCUACCCAUAGAACAGUCACGACGUGACAUGCACGAGAGUGAGUUUGAACAAAUACAUCUCGGCACGUCAGCUAACAAGCUAUACCUCAGCUAAACACAUCCAAUGCUCAAUGUGUUAGUUUAUUAAUUGGAUAUUACCGAACGCAUCGAUCCAGGUGAUUAGGCUUAGUAGGUCCAAGAACGUU